AGCUCCUGCAGUUGGUGCGGUCGGGGGGGGGGGGGUCAGAAUGGCUGCGGUGUCUCCACGUUCGAAUUGAAUCCUGCUGGAAACAAUGCAUCGUUCUGCUACCCGCGUGCUGCUCGGGUUCGCUCCCGGCUGCUGCCGCUGGGCCCUCGCAGGGAAACGCUAUCUGCUUACGGAUGAUGUUGUGAAACUGCAAGAAUUUCAGCAAGCGAAGGUGGCCAUUUCCUCUCGAUUGCAUGGCAAAAAAGAAAUCUAUUUUAAAAACAUGGAAGAAAAGAUGAAGAAAAAGGGUCUCAUCUUAAAGGAGGAACUGAAAACCCUGCUCCAUUUGUGUGAGACCCAAGAUGACAUGGAGCUGGCAAGAAGUGCCAUUUACAGGUACCAUGCUGAAAACAGAAACGUCUGUUUUGGGGAAUUUAAGUUUGGACCUCUUUUUAUAAGGCUUUGCUAUGAGCUGAAUCUAGAACAGUCUGCAGUGGAGCUCAUCAAAGACCAGCAUUUGCUUGGUUUCUUUUCAGACUGCACAUCAUUCAAUAUCCUGAUGAAUAUGUUAUUUAUCAAAGGCAAUUAUGAAAGUGCGUUGGAGGUUUUAAUAGAAAUGAAAAACCAAGGGGUAAAGUUUAAUAAAGACACCUACAUCCUUGCUUUUGCAAUUUGCUACAAACUGAACAGUGCCAGUUCCUUCCACACCUGCAUGACCUUACUGGAUGAAGCGCUAAUCAAAGGAGAAGUUUUGAAAAGGCGAGCCUACGCUUUUGCCAUAGCCUUAGCUCUGAGACAGAACCAGGUGGCAAAAGCAAGAUCUGUUUAUUCUCACAUCCUGAACCCAAACAGCAAAGCAUGCAAUAAUUUAAAUAUCCUUAUCCAUGCCCACUCAGACAUGUUGCAAGGAGCCCUACAGAUACUGGAGGCAUCUACCGAAAACACCCACUUCAGCUAUGUGAAGAAGCAAGAGUUCUCAGAGGAAGUGCUGACCACAGUGAAGGAGAAAUUAGUUGGGAAGCCAGAUCUCCAGACCAGAUUCAUAAAGAUCUGGGACAAGCUCCAAGCGUCUGGCCAGGUCAUCCCCCAGAAUAUUGAUGCCAUGCUCUGUGUCAUCCCUCAGAGCAGGAAACCCCACAUUCUCUCAUUUAACAAGAGACAAACCAGCCGCCGGACUUUACAGCCACUCAUUUCAUCCCUGAUAGCCGAGUAGCCCUGGAUUUGACCAUUGGUGACUGAACUGGGUGUGUCAUUCUGAGCAUCUGAGAAAUUGGUCUGAAGGAAACUAGGCUGAACAUAUUUUUCUCCUCCACAGAUUUCUGACACUCAUUGACAACUGACAUUCCAAACUGAGAGGUCUGGCCCCUUGUGGACAACAUUGACCCAAACAACCAGAAAUCUUGAUUUUUUUUUUUUUUGAGCAUCAGGAAUUGUCUGUGUAUAAUGACAGGUGUGCCCCCAAGAAAGUUGUAGUGGUUUCUCAGUCCUUUUUCCUGGGCCUAAAUCCACACAGGUGGAGAGAAAUAUCAGAGAAGGCUUUCAGGUCUGGAUAUACACUUAUUCAGCUUUGAGUAAACCUUCCUUCCAAAGGCACUUGUUACAUCCUUGGAAACUCAGUUCUGUUGUGGAUUUCAGGAGGUUUGCUGUGCCACCUUGAAAACAAUGGUCUUUCCUCUUUAUUUCCUUGAAUGCUCUAAUUUUGUUUUUAAUAUCUAAAGCAUCAAGGCAUAAGUGCUGAGAACGUCUCUAAUAAAAUCUAGUAACCGUCAUUUGCUAGAGGCAGGUUUACAUGGAAAAUAUAGCACAGCGUGGAACUUGGAAUAAGGAGCCCAGGAUUUUGUCCUGGCCUCUGCCACUGCCUAAUUUCUGUGACCCUCAGUAGGUCACUCAGUGGCUCAGUCCAGAAGUUUCUUCAUCCGUAAAAUGCCAAUUCUUAUACCAGCAUAUCCUCACGCCAGAUUUGAGAAUUUCGGACAAUGUGUAGGAAGGUAAGAGACUAAUAAAAGCAAUGCACAGAGUAACAAAAGUACUUUGUUUUGUUCUGCUGUACGUCUCAGCCCCUUCUCCAGCCUCCAUGAGGCAAACAGACUCAAGCUUCAUCUUUCUGAACUAUUAAAAUACGCCAGCUUUAAAUUAUUACUUCCCAGUUUAGGGUAAAUCAUGUUUUCCCAAUAAAACCUAUUCAAAAUUCCCUAUAUCAUCUUAAUCGGUGUGUGUCAUGCAUUGUCUGUCCUAUAAUUCACCUCUCUUGUGAAUGGUUUUCUUUCCAGUCUCCAUUUGGAGUGCCUUAUUUUCAAUGAAAAGAACUGUGUCUUUCUGGAGAGCGCAGGACCCAGUUCCCAAGUGCCCUUGGGUGCCACUUCAGCCGAUGAUUUGAAAUACAGCAUCUGGAGGUGAUACACAAUAUGAAAAUACACGGUGGUCCCAUCUCAGCCGUGCCUUUUGUUUCGAAGGGCCUCUUGCGAUGUUCAAGGCAUGUGUAUCUGCCUAGAGUGCAGCCGACGCUAAUGAGCAACAAGCCCUAGCUUCUUUCUUUUCUGAUACCAUCUGCCCCUUUCCCCACAUCCCUUCCCUCCCACCCCACCCCUCACUUUGAGCAGACAGGCACUUCUGAAAGUGCUUCUUCAAGAAAUGUUAUUUCGUAUUAUUGCUCACAGGCAGCGGCAGGUUUUCAUAGACACUAAAACUCUGAAGGACCUUGGAGAUCGUCCCUUAUUUACUGAUGAGCACAGAGGUCCAGAAAAGAGAGGUCACUUGCCAGAGAGCACACAGCUAACAACUGGCAGGCUAGAACUGGAAUCUGGGCCUUCUGCCUCAGCCUAAUGGGCCUUCCACUAGACCUGAUAUCCUUCCUGAAGAAGGGACAGUAUUGGGUCAGCCAAAUCAGGCAACUGCAAAGCAUCCAGAUGUAGUAAAAGUUCUUACACAGUAUUGCCUUGAAAGGAAAGUCACUUUGGAGGAUGGUGGUUUGACUGCAGAAUACACAAAAAAAAAACCCAAGCUUCUUUCCUCAUAAUUAUUGCUUUCAGAAGAUGUUAUCUUUAUUCGUGACAUGUGCUAAGCUCUAGACAGAUCAAUUUUUUAAAAAUAAUUAUUGAUAUCUUUGGCAUUUACAUCCCCUCCGUUUCCAAAUAUAUUCCUCUCCCUUCCCUUAAUCCAGUGAGCCCGCUUUUGUAACAGAGAAUAAAAAAGACAGGAAAGAAAUUUUAAAGCAUUUGACCAAAACAAGCCGAUCCAUCAACUGAAUCUAAGAGUAUACGCAACGUUGUGCAUGCUUAGCUCCCCACUUCUACAAAGAAAUGAAGGGAGUGCAUUUUCUCAUCUUGAAGGCCAAGCUGGGUUAUUCUAAUCAUGCAUUGUUCAGUUUUUUUUGUUAUUGUUUUCAUUUACGUAGUUGUAGUCGUGUAAGCACACAUGUAAAUGUUGUGUAAGUGUGGUCAAUGUAAAUACACAAUGUGUGUGUAUUAUUUCUAGAUGCAUCAGUUUAGAUUGUAGUCUCCCUCAGGGGAGGAAUCAUGCAUCUUGUAUCUCCCUAGCUAAUUAUGAAUAGCAUGUACUCUGCAAAUAUUGGGUGCUGCUGUUGAUACCUGUGAUUUCAUUGGUUUGGAAAUUAUUGUGGUGGAUACAGAACAGCAAUUCAAUUUAAGAACCGCGAGACAAAAACAAAAUCAUCCUUAAAGAGGUCAUCUGUAACUUAAAGAAUUACUCAGUGAUUUGCUUAGAGUUACAGUUAGUUUGUAUCAGAGGCAGGGCCUGGACCCAGGUUUCCCUACCUUGAAGUCUGGCCUUCAGUUCUCACAAUGCCCCACUGCUUCUUAGUGGAUGAUUAAUAAACAUAUUUUGAACAAAAGAAAA